CAGCUUUCGUACGACACUUUUGCUUCCUUACUUUUUCCACCAUGUCCGACUUCGAAGGUGACUUCGAUGAUGAGCUCCUUGAGCUUGCUGGCGCCACUGAGAAAAAGCGUAAACACCAAGCAUCAAGCUCUAGGGCUUCCGCAGCCAAGAAGCGCAGAACGGAAGUCUCAGAUGACAGUGACGCAGAGGAUGGGCCGGAGAGUGAAGAGGGAUCGGACGUAAAGUUCCCGCUUGAGGGCAAGUACAUAGAUGAGUCGGAUAGGGAGCGGCUACUUUCUAUGCCUGAGAUUGAAAGAGAAGAAAUUUUCGCUGGACGGCAAGAGGAGUUGAUGCGAAUACAAGACAAGCGAAAGCUACAUGAGAUGCUUCAAGCACAAUCUGGAGAUCCUGAGAGUAUUUCGAAAGCUGCAAAACGCCAACGUACUUCCCGAGGCGCCACAAAAGAAAAGUCUCGUACACUAGACGAACUCAAGGCUAGGCGAAAAGCAAAGGACGAGAAGAAGCGUACGAAGACGCACUCUCCCAAGCGAGAUCGGUCCUCCUCACCCAAUGACAUGGACAUGUCUUCGGGUGAGGAAGAGGAUGGUCAAAUAACACGCUACGAAGAGGAAGAAGAGAAAGACAGGAAGCUAUUUUCAAGGCAGCCUGACCCUGCGGAUGAGCCUUCGUCGCUGGACGACCUCAUGGGGUGCAGAUUAACGCGAGACCAUCUUGCGAAAUAUUGCAUGGCUCCCUGGUUCGAGGACUAUGUGAAGGGUGGUUGGGUUCGCUAUCUUGUGGGCCAAGACGAAAAAGAUCAGCCACAGUACAGGAUUUGUGAGAUACAAAACCUGGGAGUAAAUCUCACGAAGCCAUAUAAGAUUAACGAUGUCACGGUGAACCAGACGCUUGAGCUGAAGCAUGGCAAGUCGCUCAAGGCGUUCCAUAUGGACAAGGUGUCAAAUGCCCCAUUCACACAGCGAGAAUUCGAACGUCUAGGGAAAGUGUGCCUUGCAGACGACGUCAAGUUACCAUCCAAGCGCGCCCUUGAGAAAAAGGUUGCGCAGAUGUCCAAGUUGAUCACGCAGCCUAUGACAGAAAGCGACAUUACCGCCAUGUUGGCAAGGAAAAGCCAGCUAUCGAACUUACCGUCUGGUGCAUCCCUCACAUUGCAGCGUUCAUCACUUGUGCAGGCCAGGACACUUGCAAUCCGGCGACAGGACUAUGCCGAAGUUUCUGAAAUUGACGUCAAGUUGGCAGAGCUGCCCGCGGUAGCCACUCCUCGGAAUGGGGGUGAAGAGUCGCUCAACGACAAACUCGCGAAAGUGAAUGAGCGUAAUCGCAAGGCUAAUUUAGAAGGAAUUCGCAAAGCGGAAAUGUUGGAGGCCGAACGGAAACGAAGGGAACGCAAAUUGAAUGCCUCAGGCACCGCAACCCCAGCGGACCCGAGUGCGAGAUUAAAAACUGUCCCAAGGUUGUUCAACGACACAAUAUCAAGAUCGGGCACACCGAAUAUAAAUGGGACUGGUACGCCUGCACUGCAGGCCCAUGAUGGGGCCGGUGGACGAUCAAUAUCGCCGCUCCCACCUUUAGCAUUGUCGGACCCGCGAACAGGCACGAAGAAGGACAAGAGCCUGGAAGUGUCUGUCAUCGAAAUGAUAGAGGUCGAUCUUGGAGAUUUUUAGAAUUGUGUUUCAAGCUUUGUUGGAUUAUGAUGAUCAUCUUGCAUUUAGGACUGUUUGUUGUAAAUAAUAUUAUUGUUCAAAUUAUAACCACCUCUUCGCAGUAAGGUCCCAAGACAAA